AUGCUUAAUUCCGUCGUUAGCGCUAAUUACAACUAUUUAGACUAUGAUGAAUUGCUAAUUUUAAGUGAAUGUCCCUACAAAUUAACUCUUUCUAUUGAAGAAUUAACUAAAUCAGCUGUAAAAAAACGUGGUAAUUCCGAGAAACCUCCACGACCACAAAACAGCUGGAUAAUUUUUAGAAGAGAUUAUGAAGCGCAACUGCGUUUAUUUAAUCAACACACCAAGCAAAAAGUCAAAGAAACAGCAAAGAAAUGCAGUUUAAAGUGGCAAGAGCUAUCAAACGAGGUCAAACAUUUCUUUAAAAUAUUAGAGAAAAUAGCAUGUGAGAAUCACAAGAACUUAUAUCCUAAUUAUAAGUAUAAGCCAAGAAACGCGAAAGAUUCGAACAUUAAGAAAUGGGUUUUUCGCGAACAAAAGAAAUACGCGUUUGUAUCGUUACCCAUUUCCAGCUCAAUGAGUGAAAAUUCACCUCCUCAAAAAAUCGUUAGGUCUCCUUCUUUGAAUGAUACAAUAUUAACAAUUGGAUAUAAGCAUCCUGUCAUCGUUUCGACAUCCAUUGAUGAUACUCAUUCUUCCGCGAUCAAUACUAAUAAUGAUAACGGAAUAAUUUCAUUGGAUCAAUUUCCUUUUUUAUCUGGAAACGUUGAUAUUAACGUUAAUAAUAAAGAAGUUUUUUUCGACGAAUCCUUUAUUGUCAGUAAUCAUGAUAAUGCCUCAAUCAACAAUUCUUCACCGUCAAACCAACUCAUCACUAAUAAUCCAAUAAUACCACUAACAUCUUCACCCCCGUUAGAAUCACAAUCAUUCUCACGAUUAUUUAUCCCAGGUGAUCGACAAAUGUACGCACUUACCGUUAUUGUUAUUAUUAUCACAAUAAAUCUUUCUUUUGCUAAAACCAAGGAGCGAGUCUCAGAUCCAAAUACAAAACGAAGAACUGAAAAUUCAUCUAAAAGCUUGAGCUCUGAAGUAUUGUCCUCAAUCUCUGAAGAGCAAUUAUCAGAAAGUUUGGAUUCAUCAUGUGAAGAAUACAAAUAUCGAGGAUAUCUGAAACGUUUUGAUAGUAAGAUUGUAACGACCUGCUAA